AUGUCUUUCACCUCGGUAGCAACAGAUGGCUUUGUAAUGGAAGCCGGGACCACUCCAACUGUUUUUGUGGAUAACCCAUCACCACAACAACCCAACAUCGCUCUCUUAAAUUUUCAACUCGUAUACCUGGGAUUUAUUUGUUUUGCAGGAGCUUUUGGUAACAUCAUGGUGCUUGCUGCAUCGUUUGUGCAAAAGGAACUGAGGACACCUGCUAAUCUGUUCCUCAUCAAUCUGGGUUUCGUUGAUUUGGUGACCAACAUCAUGUCCAUCCCGGUCCUUAUGAUAUCUUUGAAGUACAACGACUGGAUCUUUAGCGAUGGCCUGUGCCAUGCUACAGCGUACAUCUCCAUCGUAUGCCUUGGACAGUCUGUCCAGACCUUGGCGCACAUAGCUGGCGCCAGAUAUCUUCUCAUCACCAAGCCUCAGAAAGUCUAUCAACGCUUCUGCUCCUGGAAAGCAGUCUCAGUCAACAUAAUUUUCAUUUGGUGCGCCACUAUCCUUAUCGUCAUUAUGCCGGAGUACGGUUUGGGAGAUAUCAUCUACAACCCAGCAUUUGGUCUAUGUAGCAUUGAUCAGCAGAGCGACUACUCCUGGAUCUAUACAACAGUACUUGUCUGUCACUCUAUUGUCAGCACGUUCUUCCUCAUCCCUUGUUUCUACUUCCUAACUUGCUACAAGGUCAUGUCAAGCCGUAAGCGCAUCCACCAGCGCACUGCGUUCCAGCGCAACCGGAGUCGCAUCGAAGAGAACUUUGACUUCUGGAAGCGUGAAAUUGGCCUUUCAAAGGUCCUCAUUGUGACUCUUCUGGCUUACAUCAUAUGCUGGGUACCUUUCGCUGUUAUCCACUUCUUCAACUUCAACAACGAAAUAUCUUUUGCGGCUCAUAGAGUCUCUGUUCUGUUGCUUGUAACAAACUCCUGCAUCAAUCCCUACAUCUAUGCGGUUCUCAAUCGCAAAUUCCGCAAGGUCUAUGUGACCAUCUUCUCUGGAUUGUGGUACAAAGUCAGACCUCCAAGCACUUCAGAGAGGAACGCAAGCCCCGUAGCAAAAGAAGAUGAGCAAAGUAACAUCAAUGUUGGUAUUCUGAUCCUCCAACAGCAUACAGACUCGGCAAGCUCAUCACAUGAUAAUCAAGUCUUUCAGGUUAUGGGUUCAGAUGCCUGA